AUGUCCUUUGUGCAGCGCUUGUCUCGGCAGAGCUCCACCGCACGAGACCAGCAGGUGGCCAGCGACCGCGAAGAGAUUCAGCAAUGGGUUGCAGCACAAGUGACACGAUUCGAGCACGUGUGCGAGCAACAAAGCCGUCGUGGGAAUUUUAGUGCUCGAAUCGACGAGCAGGUGGUGGUGAAAGGUUUGAAGCGCCUCGGCAUGGACAACUAUGAAACAGAGCUGCGGCAGGCUUUGGGAGCAUACGGCUUUGAGCAGCUCACUGUCGAAGUGAACCAUCCCCUUUUUUGCGGCAUAUGCAACUUAUCCAUGUCGGCUUCCUGGGGUGGUGCAGAAGGAUGCGAGGCCGGCCUGACCACUGCACGAGGGGGCUUCGUGGGGCCCUGUGGCAUUUGUCACGAAGACCGUCCAAUGGUGGUGUUGGCACCUUGUGGGCAUGUUCUAUGCCCUACAUGCCGGCAGCAGAUCGCACAUCAGUGCCCGUUUUGCCGAGAGCCCGUCCGCACCACGACCUUCGGCUUGUUCAUCGACUGA